AUGGCAUCCCUAUCUCAAUUCUUGAAUCAUGCUUUCACCAUCACCAUGGCCUUCUUCUCCAUCCUACUACUUGAGCUAGCCAUAUUCAUCUUGGGCCCGGCCCGAACCACCACUACCACGACCACCGAAAAAUUCCUCAAAAUCGUCGAUCAGAAAGUUCCGGCCAGUCGGUACACGAUCACCGGAGUCGAACCAACGGAGUGUAGGGUGUGCUUGUCGGUUUAUGAAGAAGGAGAUGAAGUUCGGAAAUUGAAGUGUAAGCACACGUUCCAUAAGGACUGUCUCGACACGUGGCUGCAGCACCACUCUGCCACCUGUCCGUUGUGCCGCCGGGUCGUCCUGCCGGAGGAGGUGGUGGUGAAGCACCGGGACCGCCGUCAGUGGGAGUACUAUGAUGAGAGUGAUGAGGAGCUAAUAUUAUUACGUUAUUUUUGUACACGUGGAAUAUGGUAA